AUGUAAUAGUAAAGAAAAUUUAGUACAGAUUCUAAAUAUAUGGAUUUAGACAUUGUUUAAGAAUAUAUAAAAUAAGAUUUGGAUUAAAAUGAGUAUUUUCGUUAAGAGCAUGAUAUUGAUUUUGAUAUUCCAGAGUAAGAUGAAUAUUUUGAUUGUCUUGAUUCUAUUGAUGAGCCUCCCUAAAUUGAACGUUUUAAUUAAAUUACAUUACAUACUAUGAAAAUUGAUAGAAAAUAAAGAGUAAAUGAUGAAUUGAUAUAAUCCCCUUUAGAGAAGGAAGAUUAAUUAUAAUUAUCAAUAGAAUCAUUGGAGGAAGAAUUUUAAUAUUAAGAUGAAAUGUAUGAUAUAAAGUAAAUUGAAAUUGAUAAACGUAAGGUUAUUUCAAUAUUUACUCUAAAACAAGACUUCUUUGAUAAUCAACAUAAUCAUACUCAAUUUCUAAAGAAUGUUGAAUUGCUUAGGUCAAAAAACUCUCAUUUAGAAGAAUUCUAUACCUAUAUUAAAGAAUUAGGAUUAGGUUGUGGAUUUAGUCUGGAUUAAAUUAGAUAUGAAUUACUUUAAAAAUUUAUAUCUGGUUUAGUUGAUAUAGUUAAAUAUAUUGAUGAUGUAAAUAUUAAUUAGCAUUAUUAGAUGUUUAGAUUUCAAAGCAAAUGGUUAGAAAGAGAACCUAUUAUUACAUUAUAAAAUAUAUUCUAAGCAUUUUCAUUUUAAUGGGAGAGGUUCUAAGAUUAUACUACUGCAUUAAUUGAUAGAUCAGCAAUCAGUAAAAUUAAAACUAACAAUAAAAUUAUAGAUUACGAUUCUUUAUAAUUUAAAAAAGGUAUUGAUUUUUGUUUAACUUAAAUUGAUGAAUAAUAAUAUGAUGGUGCUGAUUUCAAUAUAUAAUAAAGUACUUAAGAAAGUUUGAUCCUUUUUAAAGUUUUUGAAUUGCUAAGAUUAAAUGAACACUUUUUACAUAUAAGUAGAUAAAAUUAAAAAGCAAAAAGAAUUAUUAAUUACUUUACAAAAUGUAGAUCUCGUAUAAAACUUUAUUUUCUCUUAAAAAAUAAAGUCAAGUUCUAAUUUAAAACCAAACGAAAAUCUUAAAUGUCUUUACAUCAUAAUACUACUGAAAAAUAUCUUUUCAUUGAUCCAAAUUAUGUUACAAUAGAAAAUACAGUAAAUAUAAUACAAGAAAUUUCUUAGCUGAACUAAAUGAAAAUUAGGAAAUAAGGAUAUGUUUCUAAAAAUUUAAAUUCAUAAUUCAAUACUAUUAAAGAUUAUGAUUACUAUUAAUGA